UGCAGAGGCGCUUUGGACGCCGGGCCGCGUGUGUACUCUCGGGGGCGUGGCGGCGGAAAGGGCCGGGCGGCAGGCGCUGGCGGUCUCCGGGUGGCCGCGCCUCCCCUGGAGCCGGACUCUGCGGGCACGUGAGUGGGAGCGGAGCGGCAGGGAGAAGCCGACCCGGCCGGCGAGGUCCGGCUCGCGGCUGAAGGACCUCCUAGUCUCCACAGGCCCUGGAAGUUCAAGCCUCGGUUGGUGUUUUGUUGUGGAGGCCAUGGAUACCUCGACGCCUUUGCCUCCCGUAGCCCCCUCCCCGGCCUGCAACCCAGCCCCACGGACGAUCCAGAUCGAGUUCCCUCAGCAUAGCUCGUUACUCCUGGAGGCCCUGAACCGCCACAGGCUGGAGGGAAAGUUCUGUGACGUGUCCCUCCUGGUGCAGGGCCGCGAACUUAGGGCCCACAAAGCGGUGUUGGCUGCCGCCUCUCCUUACUUCCACGACAAACUACUUCUGGGGGAUGCACCACGUCUCACCUUGCCCAGCGUCAUCGAAGCCGACGCCUUCGAGGGGCUGCUCCAGCUCAUUUAUUCCGGGCACCUCCGUCUGCCACUGGAUGCUCUCCCUGCCCACCUCCUUGUGGCCAGUGGUCUCCAGAUGUGGCAAGUGGUAGAUCAGUGCUCAGAGAUCCUUAGAGAACUAGAAAACUCAGGUGGUGGGAUUUCAACUCGGGGAGCGACCCCUUUCCACACACUUCUUUCCACCACAUCCUCUCCAGGAGACUGGUGCAUCCGCUCUUCCCCUUUCCAGACUGUGGCGCAGUCUUCCGCUUCUACCCAGAGCCGCGUUGGAGGGGAGGGGAGUGAACUGGGAGAUAUGUUACAGCUUCAAGUUGAAGAAGAGGAGGAGGAGGAGGAGGAAGAAGAAGAUGAGGAGGACCAGGGGUCAACAGUACCCUCUCAGACUCCUCAGCCUCAGAGAGGGUCAGGGGGUUUUCCCCGCUCUCCUGCAUCCCACGCCCUACCCACAUCCACUACUCCUUGCAGGCUUGCAGAGAGCGAGAGUGCUCCACCUGAGCCUCCUGCCCCUCAUACUGUACUGCCUCCCAAAAUCUUCUACAUUAAGCAGGAACCCUUUGAGCCCAAGGAGGAGAUAUCAGGAGGCGGAACUCAGUCUGGAGGAACAAAGGAGGAGACCAAAGUGUUUCCAGGAGGGAACACUGAAGAGAAUGGAGAGCUAGGGUUCUUGCUGCCCUCAGGAGCAGGGCAAACAUCUGGAGGAGGUGGUCCAUCCUGGAAACCAGUGGAUCUUCAUGGGAAUGAAAUCCUGUCAGGGGGUGGGGGACCUGGGGGAGCAGGGCAAGCUGUGCAUGGACCUGUGAAGCUAGGCGGGGCACCCCCUGCAGAUGGAAAACGCUUUGGUUGUUUGUGUGGGAAGCGGUUUGCAGUGAAGCCAAAGCGUGACCGGCACAUCAUGCUGACCUUCAGCCUUCGGCCCUUUGGCUGUGGCAUCUGUAACAAGCGCUUCAAGCUGAAGCACCAUCUAACAGAGCAUAUGAAGACCCACGCUGGAGCCCUGCAUGCCUGUCCUCACUGUGGCCGCCGGUUCCGAGUCCAUGCCUGUUUCCUUCGCCACCGGGACCUGUGCAAGGGCCAGGGCUGGGCCACUGCUCACUGGACUUACAAGUGACUACUGAGGGCAUACACAAAUUUCCAGGACAAGGGAGCCACUGCUGCUGUUGGGUACUUACCCCUCACUACCAUGGCACUGCAAUCCUGUAUCUUGUUAAUUAUGCCAAGAGGAUAGCUAUGUUAUGGACCUCUUGUUUUUGGGUGUGGGCUUCAACCUGACCGAUUUGGAAACUGAUUUCUCAUCUCACUCCAGGUUUUGGCUAACUACCCUACAGGAAAGUGGUUUACAGGCCAUACGUAAAUCGAUCAGUUGCCCAUAAUAGAUAUUCUUUUCAUACAGGAAACUGGAAUUCAGAUUAGAAGUUUAUAUGAUGAGAGACGAGUUAGCAAGAAAAAUUAUGAUAAAUAUUUCAUUCAGUCUCUGUGAGUAGUUAAGGGAGCUGGUCUCCAUCUAGAGAUAUGUUUGAUUCAGAGUUCUGGUAAUCCGGAGACUAAGCUCUAAGCUUUACUCUCCCUCAUCAUUGCUGAAAUUAUGUGAGUAGAGGUCUUCUUAUAUACUUUUGUUAAAAUUUUCCAGAAACCCUUCAGAUUAUAAAUUGCUUUCUCACUAGUAGGUAAUUUUACAACACCUUUUUUGUUGUAUGUUGUAGUUGAGCACUUUAACAGAUUGCGCAUUCCAUGUGUCACUUAGAUCCCUCUUUAAUAGAGGAUCUUAGUUCCCGGACCAGGGGUCUAACCUACGCCUCCUGCAGUGGAAGCACAGAGUCUUAACCACUGGACUGCCCAGGAAGUCCCUCUUGUCUACCUUUGACCACCACUGAUCAUCCAUAUUGAUCACACUGACUGGAAUGUGACCAGUGAACUCAGGAGAUGGCCACUGACCUAAAAUACUCUCAGGGUAGAAUCACCGCUCUGAAGAAGUGGCUAUGGUCAGAGGGACUCAGGGCUGAGACGGCACAUGCUGAAAACUAGAGAAAUAACUGCACAGUGGGACCACACCCCCUCCCUUUCCAUCCCUACCCAGGGAUGGAAAGCCCUUGACAUCCCCUUGGUCGACACAUAGAAGGAUAGAUGUUGGAAUGGGGAGAUUGUCAUAAGUUUCUUAAUUUCUUCAAAUAAACUUUGCUGUGAAAGCUAAGCUGACAGUGGACUGAAUUGAGUCAUUUAUAUGGGAGAGACGAUGUGAGAACAGAGUUGCAAAGACUUGGACAUAUUCCUUAUGCGGCUGGGUUAUGUUGAUGGGGGAAGAAUCGGAUAGUCUCACACUGCUGCAGAGAACACUGUCCUGGAUGUCAGUGGGCCAGAUUCUCAGCCCUGACCUGCCCCUGAAUAACUUCUGGACUAGCUGAAGAAUUCCCAGGUUUCUGCUUUCUUGCAGUCCACUCUCACCUAAAAAAGCUUCUAAGAUAAAGGUUUUCUGCUGGUCACUACGGAAAUACAGACAAUGGGCAGAUCAUAGGUAUUGCAUUCAAGAGCCACAUUCAGACCUGAUGUCGAUCACAAGAUCCUGGACUUUGAGCCUAAUGCCGUGAAUGGAUGCGUCUUUUGGGGGUCCUGAAAUGGUGAUGAGCAUAUUUUGCAUGGAGAGAGAACAGAAAUAAUUGUGGCCAGAGGACAGAUUGGUGCUGCAACAUGGCCUGGAACUCGGAGUCGUAGCGCCGGUUGAUGUCAUCCCCGAUGAUGGCCAGCUGGCGACCCACCUGCCCCAUGGUGCUCAAGGAACGGUAGGCAGCAGGGGCCACUUUGCCCAAGCCUUGGCGGUGGAGCAAGGAUGCUUGCAGAGGGCCAUGGGGCCACUGGAUAUCAGCCCCGAGACCUUCACCGGGGAGGAGAAGAAGGAGCGUCUGCUUGAUGGAGACCUCAGGCUGGCCUCCUCCCAGGUGGGGGCAACUCCCUGGAACCGCCUCCUCAGCUUGUACAAACAGCUCCAGAAAUCGGCCCCGGCCAAGAUCCCUCUCAAGGAAGGCCUGCCCUGUGAGGAGAAAGGCGGGGAAGAGGAAACAGAGGAGGACAGCUCACUCAAGCUCUGUGUCCCAGGCAUUGCCACCCUCCAGUCGCCGCUGCAUAAGACUUUUAGGUCGACAGAUACAGUAGGUAAAUGUGGUGCCCCCACCUCCCCACCCAGCCAGCUCCCCCACAGAAGGAGCCCCACUUUGGUCAGUGGCUCAUGGAUGCGAUACCAGUUCUGACCACCAGGUGGAACCAGAGGACCUAAGAUGACUGCCCAAGCUGGGGGAGCUGUGUGUGGCUGGUCCCGAGGCUGAGCUGGGUCUAGCAAGGGUCCUCCUCCCUCAGGGCCCGGGUGGGCAGCAGAGGGUGGAGGGAUGGGGGGCGGGUUGUGACUGGGACUGCGGCUCCUUGAGGACCACCCUUUCCCAGCCUGGAAUUCUAACUCCUUCAGUGGCCACCUCCAUCCCUGGUUUUCCCAUCGUGCGUGCACUGCUGUGACAGUACCCCAGAAGGCCCCCUCUCCCACUGCAGCCCCCUUGCCGCCCUGACAUGGUGAGCAGAUGGCUUAGUGGUAAUAACAUACUCCAGUAAAAUCACUGUUGACAUUUUCAUAGCCAUUACUAUGGGCCAAACCCUCCUCUAAGCACUUUUCAUGAAAUACUGCAUUAUAACUCUGAGGUAGGUUCUGUUACAGUCUCCACUUCACUGUGAGGAAACUGAGGCACAGAGAGGUUAAGUAACUUGUCCAAGAUCACACAGCUAGUAAGUGGCAGAGCUGGGACUUGAUCCCAGGAGGUUUGGGUUGUUCCAGAUCUGUGCUCUGGAAUUGGUGGCUGGAGGGGGCAGGGUGGGGUAGGGCAGAUGUCUGCCCCUUGCAUGCUGUCCCCAGGAGGUAAGUAAAGAGACUCACACUCAAGCUGGUGGGAGGGAGUCCAUGGAAAGCGAGUGUCCUGGGGAGGGCAGGGCAGUGGGGAGGUGUUGUCUGGCUGGCUCCAGGGACUGGAUGGAGAAGGGGCCCAGCUGGGAAGGCCAGGGGAUGCACAGGGCUGGGUGAGGUUUGGAGAGCCAGAGCCCCCUCCUCUCCCUUCGAUCCCCAGCAGGUUGUCCACCCUUCUCCUGCCUGUCCCAUGCCCAUCUUUCUGACUCUCAGGUUUCGUGGAGUCGUAGUUAAAGAAGCUUCUGGUAGUGCAACGGGAGUCCCGCCUCUGGGAGAUGGGUGGCCACGAGGGCCGGAAGCUGCUGACCCAGCCAGAGAUCACCCUGGAGGAGGCAGGCGUCGUGGAUGUCCAGGUGCGGGGGAGUUACCUACCUGGUCACGCCAAGGACCACCUACAGCCCACCCUACUUGACAUUGGCCUCAAAGGUUAGGCCUGUCCCAGCUUCUCUGAGUGCACAUUGAUGGAUAUGUUGAUGAAAAAUGUGUCAAUGUCCUUCUUGGGUUAAUUUCCACUCAUUCAUCAGCUCAUCCUUUCAUUCAGUGGACAUCUGCCCCUGACGGUGUGUGUAGUUUACAAAAGGAAGGAGCAAAGUCUUUAGUCGAAGUCUCUGACCUGGCAUGACUUGCUCUGUGACUUUGAAUGUGGGCCUUGGUUUCUUUACCUGAAGAGGGGACCAUUGGAGGAUCAAAUGAGCUGACGAGUGUGUAGCCCUCAACUUCAAAGGGCGCUCCAGCGCCAGGGAGUAUGACUCACCCCUUGGGGGUCGUUAAUACCAGAAAUACUUGCCUACCGGGUACUGAGGGGCAGCCUUCCCGUUGUCUUGAGCCUGCAGGCUAUGUGUCAGGGUGCCCCUCUGUGCUCUGGAGAACCUCACCCUAAACCACACAGGUGGUCACUCUGGCAGGGCCCCUGCUUUUGUCUUUUCCUGCUAAAGGGAGUUCUCCCCUCUCCCCUCCACUCCAGGACCACCCCCUGAGCCGGCCUGCCCCAGCCCCAGGGGUCACAGUCCUAGGGUAGCCUGAACAUCACUGGGGGCCCCUAGGGAGUUUCUGGAGUAGAGGACCAGCUGAGUCCUCACUUGGGGACAGGGCUGCCUCAGGGAUAUCUUCCUGCUGUGGGUGUUACAAGGAUUCCGUCCUCAUUACCUCCCCCCACUCUCUCCUUAUCUGCCCUCAGAGACACCAAGCUGAGGGGGGAAGGAAGCUGCCCCCCAGCCUUUGGGGAAUGCUGGGGACCUGGGGGAGGGGCGCUGAGGCACCAGAAGCACCACUCUAGGCUGGAGGGAAGGAUGCAGAGCCCCCUUGGUGUGGUGUCUAGGAUAGAGGUGAAGGAGGGGAGGGCUUGGCUGGGGUGCCUGGCUUCAGAGUCUUCCCAGGAAUCCCCCAAGCUGGAGGGAGAAGGUUACCUCCAUUCUAUGGGAGGGAGGUGGCUCAGGGCUAGUGGGCCUGGCCUGCUGUGGGCACCUGGGGGAGGGUCUGGAAAGGUGGCCUUGGGGUGCUUGUCUCUGAGGGCAGGUGGGAUGGUUCUGGGGGUACAGAGCAGGAAGAGGAGAGCCCAAAGAUGCAAAGGCAUCUUCCUUCACCCACUUCCGCCCCCCAGCACCUGCUCCUUGAGGAGAUGAAUGAGAUGGAAAACUGGCCUCCAGAGUGAAGCUGGUGCUGGCCUGAGUCUGCCCUGCCCCGGGUCCCUGCAGCCUGUGUAGAGAUGUAUCCGCCUCCUCUUAGGGCACCUCAAGGAGCCCCUGGGGCCAAGGGGUCUUUAAUAAAUGGUGUCCAUGUGUCUGCAGGGUGGGCCUGCCCGGCACACUGUCCCCACUCUUCAGACUCAGGCCUGUGAUGUUAUUAAUAAAACUCAGUUUG